UCUCUCUCUCUCUCAUCUCGUGUCACUGAGCUGAGAGUACACUCAUCAUCCUCGCCGAAGCGUUUCACACCGAAGAAUAGCGAUGGCAGCUGCGAACCGUGUCCUGGUUUACGGAGGAAAGGGUGCUCUCGGGUCGACAUGUGUGCAUUAUUUCAAAUCGAAAGGCUGGUGGGUUGCCAGUAUCGACAUCGGAGCGAAUGAAGAAGCGACCGCUAACGUCCUGGUGAAGCUCUGCGACUCAUUUACUGAUCAAGCAGCACAGGUGACGUCGGAUGUAGCCAAGUUGCUAGGGGAACACAAAGUUGAUGCCAUUGUUUGUGUGGCUGGAGGAUGGGCCGGAGGAAACUGCAGCUCGAAAGACUUGUAUAAGAAUACCGAUAUGAUGUGGAAACAGAGUGUCUGGACCUCCACCAUUUCCAGUCAUCUUGCCUCUCUGCAUCUGAAACCAGGGGGCCUGCUGACCCUCUCUGGAGCAAAGGCCUCACUGGCCGGCACUCCUGGUAUGGUCGGGUACGGCAUGGCCAAAGCUGCAGUCCAUCAGUUAUGCCAAAGUCUAGCUGGUGAAGACAGUGGUCUUCCUUCUGGAGCCAUAGCUGUGGCCAUUCUUCCGGUUACCUUGGAUACACCAAUGAACAGGAAAUUCAUGCCUGACGCGGAUUUUGGAAGCUGGACGCCGCUGGAAUAUAUCGCAGAAACCUUCUACAGCUGGGCCACUGGGUCAGGACGGCCAGCCUCAGGCAGUCUCAUUCAACUGGUGACGACUGGGGGAAAAACUGAGGCCUCGCUGGCCCAGUAAAGGUAGAACAGAGGAAAAAGACAAAUUCAAAAGAAUGAAGGAGAGAAAUGUUUACCAGUAUACUGUGUGCAACAGAGAAGAUGGUUAGCAAAAACCUGUAUGCUGGUCAUAUAAAAGACCACCAUACUGUUUACAAGAAAAGAAAAA